AUGGAUAGAAAAGAAAAACGAGCUGGAUUUGGGUCUAUUGAGACAGAAGAGCAGCAAAGAACAAGAUUCCAAGUUGAGCUUGAGUUUGUGCAGUGUUUAGCCAAUCCUAAUUAUUUGAAUUUUCUCGCUCAGCGUGGGAUCCUCAAAGAUCCUAACUUUGUGAAUUAUUUGAAAUAUUUGCAAUACUGGAAGGAAGCCAAGUAUGCCAAGUUUUUGAAGUAUCCUCAAUGCCUACACAUGCUGGAACUGCUGCAGUACGAACACUUCCGGAAGGAACUGGUCAAUGCCCAGUGCACCAAGUUUAUCGACGAUCAACAGCUUCUCCAUUGGCAGCACUACCAGAGAAAAAGGAGUGCUCUUUUGCAGGAACAAGCUGAGAAAACACAGGCAACAAAAGAUGGCAGACAGCAGCCGAGUCAAGUUGGAACAUGA